UUUUUAUUUAAAGGGGAGCUUACUCGUUACAUUUUGCAUUCAAUCUGAGUGGAUAAUAAUUAAACAGCUUUAAGAAAUAAAAAUGGACAGAAAUAUUUCCAAAGAAGAAGAAGAGGCAGCACAAAUAGAAAUAUGGAAAUAUAUUCUUGGUUUCACUCCUAUGGCAGUUGUCAAGUGUGCCAUUGAGCUUGGCAUACCUGAUAUCCUCGAAAAACAUGAAACCCCGAUGACGUUAGUAGAUAUAGCGUCAGAAAUCGGGUGUUCACAAGCUUCGUUAUACCGGAUCAUGAGGUUUUUAGUCCAAUACAAAAUAUUUCAAGAAAAAUUAGUAUCAGAAACAUUAGUAGGAUAUGCUCAUACCCCUUUAUCUAGGCAUCUAAUAAGUCAUGGUAAGAAAAGCAUGGCUGAUUUUAUACUUUUUGAAAGCAAUCCAGUCAUGUUAGCACCAUGGCAUAAUUUAAGUGCUAUGGUUUUAGGUAACCGAGAGGCACCGUUUGUGGCGGCACACGGUGAUGAUGUAUGGGGAUAUGCAGCUACAAAUCCUGGUCUUAGUAAACUUAUUGACAAUGCAAUGGCUUGUGAUGCUAGGGUGGCGGUGGGGGCGGUGAUUGAGGGUUGUCCUGAGGUAUUUGAAGGGCUGAAUACGGUGGUGGAUGUUGGCGGUGGUGAUGGGACGGCUUUAAAGUUGAUCGUGGCGGCGUGUCCGUGGAUUGAAGGGAUUAAUUUUGAUCUUCCUCAUGUGAUCUCAGUUGCUCCGGCUAUUGUAGGUGUUGAACAUGUUGGGGGCAAUAUGUUUGAGCUAGUUCCAAAGGCUGAUGCUGUCUAUAUCAUGAAAGUACUACACGACUGGGGAGACGAAGAAUGCAUUGAGAUACUAAAAAAAUGUAGAGAGGCAAUUCCUCAAGACAAAGGAAAGGUGAUUAUCGUUGAUGCCGUUGUUGGACAGGAAGAUCACAAGUAUAAAGAUGUCGCAUUGAUGCUCGAUAUGGUUAUGAUGGCUCACACGAAUAAAGGAAAAGAGCGAACCACGAAAGAAUGGUCUUACGUUUUUCAUCAGGCCGGAUUUACUCGGUAUACCAUCAAAAACAUUCAAGCCUAUCAAUCUGUCAUUGAAGUUUAUCCUUGACGUACCGGCAGCUGGCGACAAGUCCGUUAUGUAAUCUAUAUAAAUACGUAUACGUAUAUAGUAUCAUUCCAAAGAAAAUGUGUAUUCAAAUUACUCGUAUUAGCAACAAUGAGGUACUUGAAAAGAGUGUGUUUGAUUAAUAUCUUUGUAAUGAAGUGUCAUUGUCAUAAUUAAUAAAACAGUCAUCAUGAUUCAA